AUGUUCCUCGCAGAUUCAAGAGUGGCUUCAGAGAAGAGGAAGCUAAAGAAGAAGGAAGUGAAUCGGAUCACCCUGUUGCUGUUGGUGAAGAAAGCGGGAACAAGGGGAAGAAAUCUGGGGAGGGGGAAGAAAUAUGGGAUUGAAGAAAUUGGGUGGGGGAAGAAAUCUGGGUGGGGGGAAGAAAUUGGGAGGAAGGGUGAAUAA